AUGCAACGCGCUCUCUCUUCCAGGACCUCCGUCCUGUCUGCCGCUGCCAAGCGUGCUUCUUUCCAGAGAUCCCCCGUCAGCCUGCAGCAGCAGCGUUUUGCUCACAAGGAGCUCAAGUUCGGCGUUGAGGCUCGUGCCCAGCUCCUCAAGGGUGUCGACACUCUUGCUAAGGCUGUCACCUCUACUCUUGGUCCCAAGGGUCGCAAUGUCCUGAUUGAGUCCCCCUACGGUUCCCCCAAGAUCACCAAGGACGGUGUUAGCGUUGCCAAGGCCAUUCAGCUCCAGGACAAGUUCGAGAACCUCGGUGCUCGUCUUCUCCAGGAUGUCGCUUCCAAGACCAACGAAAUCGCUGGUGACGGUACCACCACUGCCACCGUCCUUGCCCGUGCCAUCUUCUCCGAGACCGUGAAGAACGUUGCCGCUGGCUGCAACCCCAUGGACCUCCGUCGUGGUAUCCAGGCCGCCGUUGACGCUGUUGUCGACUACCUCCAGCAGAACAAGCGUGACAUCACCACUGGUGAGGAGAUCGCUCAGGUCGCUACCAUCUCCGCCAACGGCGACACCCACGUUGGUAAGCUCAUCUCCACCGCCAUGGAGAGAGUUGGCAAGGAGGGUGUUAUCACCGUCAAGGAGGGUAAGACCCUCGAGGAUGAGCUUGAGGUUACCGAGGGUAUGCGCUUCGACCGUGGAUACACCUCCCCCUACUUCAUCACCGACGCCAAGUCCCAGAAGGUCGAAUUCGAGAAGCCCCUGAUCCUGCUCUCUGAGAAGAAGAUCUCCGCCGUCCAGGACAUCAUCCCCGCCCUUGAGGCCUCCACCACCCUCCGCCGUCCUCUCGUCAUCAUUGCUGAGGACAUUGAGGGUGAGGCUCUCGCCGUCUGCAUCCUGAACAAGCUCCGUGGCCAGCUCCAGGUUGCCGCCGUCAAGGCCCCUGGCUUCGGUGACAACCGCAAGAGCAUCCUUGGUGAUCUUGCCGUUCUCACCAACGGUACCGUCUUCAGCGACGAGCUUGACAUCAAGCUCGAGAAGCUGACCCCCGACAUGCUCGGUUCCACCGGUGCCAUCACCAUCACCAAGGAGGACACCAUCAUCCUCAACGGUGAGGGCAGCAAGGACAGCAUCUCUCAGCGCUGCGAGCAGAUCCGUGGUGUCAUGGCUGACCCCACCACCUCCGAGUACGAGAAGGAGAAGCUCCAGGAGCGUCUCGCUAAGCUCUCUGGCGGUGUCGCCGUCAUCAAGGUCGGUGGUGCCUCCGAGGUUGAGGUCGGUGAGAAGAAGGACCGUGUUGUCGACGCUCUCAACGCCACUCGCGCUGCUGUUGAGGAGGGUAUCCUCCCCGGUGGUGGUACUGCCCUCCUGAAGGCCUCCGCCAACGGUCUUGCCAACGUCCAGACCGCCAACUUCGACCAGCAGCUCGGUGUCAGCAUCAUCAAGAGCGCCAUCACCCGCCCCGCCCGUACCAUCGUCGAGAACGCUGGUCUUGAGGGCAGCGUCAUCGUUGGCAAGCUCACCGAUGACUUUGCCAAGGACUUCAACCGUGGUUUCGACAGCUCCAAGGGCGAGUACGUCGACAUGAUCUCCAGCGGUAUCGUCGACCCCCUCAAGGUUGUCCGCACCUCCCUGGUUGACGCCAGCGGUGUUGCCUCCCUCCUCGGUACCACCGAGGUCGCCAUCGUUGAUGCCCCUGAGGAGAAGGGCCCUGCUCCUGCCGGUGGCAUGGGUGGCAUGGGCGGUAUGGGCGGCAUGGGCGGUGGCAUGUUCUAAGCUAGCCCCCGUUCUCGUGUAGCCUUACCCGUUCCUUGUUUCUAAAGAGGUUUCCCUUCCAGCGUGUUGUUGCAUAGUACGGGCAUUGUCCUGAAUCUG